UAUAGUUACAUAUUAAAAUAUAGAUUAUGAUUUGAUUUUGUUCAUGCAGCCAUACUACAGAAGUACAGAAUAGGUUCCUAUAAAAAGAUCAUUUAAUUUUUAUGAGUAGGUAUUGAAUAAUAUUGGUACAAGAAAUUAUUCUUUUUGUCAACUGUGAAUUGUGAUCAUACUUAUAUAUACAAAGGUAAUAUAAUUAUUAUAAAUUGGUGAAACAUGAUAUGUGGAAAAUAUUUUUUGUUAUGCAUCUUAAGUUUUUUAUUAUUUUUUAAAUCUACAACUGUCCAUGGACUCAUAGAUCCGAUCACAGGAUCUGUAUUUGCUGCUUUUUUUACAGAAUACUUGGCAGAAAAAAUGGGUUUUUUAACUGAUUGCCCUAAAAUAUCUGAUUUUAAAGAUUUAGAACUUGAAAUUAAAAAAAGUUUUUUUGGGCAACAUAUUGCAUCAAAAAUUUUGAUAUCUGCUUUGGCAGGUAAUUUACACCGUAGUAAAAAUAACAAGAAACCAUUAGUUUUGUGUUUUCAAGGCUCCAGUGGUACUGGUAAAAAUUUUUUGUCAGAUUUGAUUGCUAGUCAUAUGUUCAAAGACGAAAAAAUUAAGAAAAAACGAUAUCAUACUAUUCAAGGACAAAUUGACUUUCCUUUGCAAUCAAAAAUAAACGAUUAUAAGGAACAACUUCAUUCUUAUGUGAAAUCUGCUAUAAAAUUGUGUGAUACAAAUUUAUUUGUUUUUGAUGAAAUCCAUUAUAUGCAUAUGGGUAUAUUAGACGUACUAACACCUAUUCUGGAAAACAAUGAUGUGUCCAUAAAUUCUAGKAAUUCAAUUUUUAUAUUUAUAACAAAUACAGGUGCCGAUUCUAUUAUAAAAAAGUACUUAGAUCUUUAUGUUAAGAAGAUUUCUAGAGAGAAUAUGACAGUUGAAGAUUUUGAUACCAUUUUACUAAAAUCUGCUUUCAAUGAAGGAGGGUUGCAGAAAAGUUCAUUAAUAGAUUCCCAUGUUAUUGAUUUUUAUAUUCCAUUUCUACCACUUGAAAAAGAUCAUGUGAUGCAAUGUAUCAAUGCAGAGUUGAAAAAUCUAGAAAAACAUUUGGAUUCCGAAGCAAUAAGUGAAAUAUUGCGGAUAAUUCCAUUUGGUCCUGAGCCACAAAAGUUCUUUGCUACUUCAGGUUGUAAAAGGCUUAAAGCAUGGGUUGCAGCUAAAUUAUAUUCUAGUUAAAUUAUAUAUUUUUAAAAAAACACUGUAUGUGUUCUUGUUUAUAUAUAUAUUUGGA